AUGGAGAACUAUGUUAAGUUAAUUUCAAGCGACUCGGUCGAAUUUGUGGUAGAGACCGAGCUGGUAAAGCAUUCACGAACACUUGCAGUAUUCCUGGACGACAGGUACCCAUUUAUUCAAAGCCAAACCAAGGAAGUUAGGCUACCUAUCCGAUCUAAGCACCUUAAAAGGAUACUUGAGUUUAUGCAUUUCAUACAUAAAAGAAAAAGUGGAAACAACAUGGAGUUUAAAAUUAACGACGAAGAAACCAUGGAUUUAUUAGAAAUAGCAUCGUACUUGAGAAUAUGA